UCAAGAGCGGGUCUGGUCUCUCUCGCUGUUAAGGAAAAGAGAAAAAAAAAUUAAGCUGUGGUGGACAAGCGAGCGUGAAAUCUUGGCAUGAAUUUUCCUGCGAGACCCGCAAAAAGCUCGACUCGAUCGAACCCGACAAACAUCUUCUCCGAGCCAGCUUUUCUGCUGUUUUCUUUUUCUUUUCUGGUCGGCUGGGCUGAUUUGUUUCUUAUUUGAUUUAUUCCUUCUCUCUUUUACUGCCACCAAUCCCUACAGAUGGCUGAAAAAGCCCCGAAAAUGGCGGUCGCGCGGACCGACGACCGCGAGGAAAAGAAAAGACUUGCAGAGGCGCAAAAGACCUACGGACGUGGCAAGGCAAUCCAUACAAAGAGCGUUAGAGACAAGAAACUGCGAAGCAACCUCAAGGCUGUUGAGGAAAAGAACAAGGCUGCUGCGCUGAAGGCUAAGGAUGCGGAGAUUCUGCUUGAACAUGAUGCCGGAUUCCUCGAGCCCGAAGGAGAGUUGGAAAAGACAUACAAGGUCCGCCAGGAUGAGAUCAAAGACAGUGUUGGAAUCGAAACGGCCAAGAAGGGAUUCGAGCUGAGGCUGGAGGAUGCAGGACCAUACCGGGCAGACUACACGAGAAACGGUCGCGAUUUGCUGCUGGCCGGGCGAAAAGGGCAUGUUGCGACAAUGGACUGGCGAGCAGGAAAAUUGGGCUGUGAACUUCAGCUGGGCGAGACUGUCCGCGAUGCUCGCUGGUUGCACAAUAACCAGUACUUUGCUGUUGCCCAGAAGAAACAUGCCUAUAUCUACGAUCAAGCCGGUGUUGAACUGCACUGUCUGAACAAGAUUAUCGAACCACUCUUCCUCGAUUUCCUCCCAUACCAUUUCCUUCUUACCAGCGCUCAAAUGAGCGGUCACCUCAAGUAUAUCGAUACAUCGACCGGUCAACUGGUUGCGGAGCUGCCAACCCGACAAGGCGCCCCGACAUCGCUCUGCCAGAACCCUUACAACGCUAUCAUGCAUGUCGGACACCAGAACGGAACAGUGACCUUGUGGUCUCCCAACUCUCAGACGGCCCUUGUGAAAGCCCUCGUCCACCGAGGCCCAGUGCGCUCGAUGGCGAUUGAUAGACAAGGACGGUACAUGGUCUCCACCGGUCAGGACCAGAAGAUGAACGUGUGGGACAUCCGCAUGUUCCGGGAAGUACACUCGUACUCCUGCUACCAACCAGGCUCCUCAGUUUCAAUCAGUGACCGUGGCCUGACAGCCGUCGGCUGGGGUACCCAGGUUAGCGUCUGGCGGGGUCUGUUUGACGCGGCAGUCGCCGACCAAGGAAAGGUCCAAAGCCCGUACAUGUCAUGGGGCGGAGAUGGCCAGCGCAUUGAGAACAUGAAGUGGUGCCCUUACGAAGAUUUGCUGGGAGUCACGCACGACAAGGGCUUCGCGAGCAUCAUUGUCCCGGGAGCCGGAGAGCCCAACUUCGACGCACUCGAGGCCAACCCGUACGAGAACACCAAGCAGCGCCAGGAAGCCGAAGUCCAGUCCUUGCUCACCAAGCUGCAACCGGGCAUGAUCUCCUUGGACCCCACCUUCAUCGGUCAACUGGACACAAUCAGCGACAAGAAGAACAGAGAGGCACGCGAUCUCGACCGCAGACCCGAGGACCCGAUGGCGAAGCUCAAGAACCGCGGCCGUGGACGCAACAGCGCACUCCGCAAGUACCUUCGCAAGAAGGGCCGUGGGAACGUCAUCGACGAGAAGCGCGUCAAGGCGGAGCUGUUGCGCAAAGAACACGCAGCUCGCGCAAAGGACAAGCUUCAGCACCGGAAAGAGGAGUUGGGACCUGCACUCGGCAGAUUUGCCAAGAAGGACUUCUGAUUAUGUGUGUCGUUGCUCUCCUUGUUAUCAGUCGUCGAUACAGUAUUUGCUUCGUUUAUUGCUUCUUUCUCUCUUACUCUUUUUCCCUUAGUGGGUCGAGAAGGGAGGGUAGAGCAUUCGGAUACCCAAUUAAUCAGAGAGAGGUAGAUGCUCUCUCAGUCUGUCAUUAUUAAGAUCUCUGCAUUUCAAGGCGUUGGAUCAGGCCAGGGAUAGGACAAAAGUGAUAUUGUUGCAAGAGUCAGAAUCUGUACAUUCAUCCCUAUAAAUAUAA